AAACUAGUAUCUCAAUCUUGUCUGAAUAUGCGAGAUUUUGUUGCAUAAGAUUCAACAGAAAAAUACGGGUAAAUAAUAUUAAAAAGAUUGUUAGCUGAGAUCGAAUGAGACGACAAUCUUGUCGGAAAUAAUGUUUACAGAUGAUGAUUGCGUCUAUAUUAAUGGCGAUUUAUGCAUAAAGAUAAAGAUUAGACUAAACAUUUUGAAGGACAAAGGAAAAGACAGCUAUAAUGAUAAUUACAUAUAAAUCAUAUUCAUACGCAAUAUGUUACAUCAUUCUCUUUUUGAACAAACAUGUUUUUAGACUAACAACGGAAGAGGCUAACGACAUCCGUUUACCAAGAAGUUCACUUUUUCAAUCAUAUGUUAAUGAAAAAGAUAAUAGUGCAAGUAAUGUUCGUGUUCGAUUCACUUGGUUCCUUGAUGUUAAAGCAUAA